AUUGACAACCCAAUUUGCAGAUUGACUAAAAAUGGCGACUGCCUUUCCAAGUCAAGAACACACUCCAAUAAAGAAACCUCGGUUGGGUCCACCUGAUGUAUAUCCACAAGAUCCCAAACAGAAAGAGGAUGAACUCACACAGCAAAAUGUUAAACAUGGUUUUCAGUUGGGCACUGUUGUAACUGAUGAGUGUGCUUCUGCAAAGGAUAUAGAAAUAACAUUAGAAAAAUGUAGCACAUUUUACAACAGUGUUCUGAAAAAGAAGAAUGAGCUAAACACUCUACAAGACAGCAAAAAUAAAAAAUUCCAACUGCCAGUGAAGGAACAUUUUUGGCCUGCCGCAUGUAGUAAACCCUCUACUGAAGCUUGGUUUAAAGACUUGGCAGGAAGUAAGCCUUUAGCUUCACUAAGUCGCAAGGUUCCAACAUUCAACAAAAAGGAAGAAAUCUUCUCCACAUUAUGUGAAUAUGCAGUUCCCAAUGUCAGGGCUGCCUGGUUUAUAAAAAUGACUGCUGCUCACAACAUGGGAACCCAGGACUCUAGGAACCGUAGAAAAUUGACUGUGGAUCAAUUUAUGGAUUGGACUCAAGCUAUAAGUAAAUAUUUGAAAGAUCAACUUCAAAAAAUUCAAGACUUUUACCAUGGAACCAGUGGAGCUACAGCCACACCUUUUUUACUAGCACCUUCUCCAGCUACAUCCCAAGUUGAUUUAGAUCUGGCAAUGAAGAACUGGAACUACUGUACAAGAUUUGCUAAUCAUCUUUAUGAAGAAGGCUUACUAGAUCGUCAUGACUUUCUCAACUGGUUGAUAGAGCUCCCAGACAAAAUGAAACAAACAGAUGAUGUUGUAUUGAAGCUCAUUUUGGUACAAAUGAACAUAUAUUCUUCAGACAUGUGCAAAUCUGUCAUACUUGCUAGGAGAUUAGCCAACUAUUGCGGUAGGAAAAUCUCCCAUUUGGUUGCUGAAAUGGAUCAUAUGUUAGGCAGAACUGACCCUCAAAUGAGUGCUAAUGGGACUCCUCUGACACCAGCCCAAGCCAUUAACACCACCAUACAGAUGUGUAACCCACUUAUCAAUGCCAUGGCAGAGUUCAAAGAAUGCCAGAGCCAUAGGUUCAUUGUAUUACAACUAUGUGCUCUGGCCCAAAUCAUCACCAUCAAAUGUCCCACCGCCAUGGUGUGGAACUCCCUGGGUGAUUACAAGAGCAAUUCCUACUUGGUAGGGUCUCCUCUUGACUUGUACCCUUGUGCCACUAGCAGUCUUCCCAUGCCACCUGGACAAAGCAAUACUUAUAUACGCCAACAAGUAAAGAAUGCAGAGCAACAGAUUAUUGCAAGAAGUCAUUCUGCUGAAGUACACUGGUCAUCUGAUAAGUGUCAGCAGUCUGCUGUUGGCUACAUCAUGAGUAAAGUAUUGAAAGUCUUGGAUGUCCUGGAUCAGCACAACUUUGAUAUUGUUGACAGUAUUUACAAUAUGGAUUCUUUGUAUACAAAAAUAUUCAGCAUUACCCAGAGUAAAGAAACUGGAGAGGCUCCUAUUGGUGAUGAACCAAUCAUAAACCUUCUGGUGGACUGGGCAGUCAGUGUUCAAAGAGUUGGCGAUCACAGGUGUAUAGUUGUUGCUCUUCUUCUUGAAAGGCGACAAAAUGAAAUUCGUAGUGAGAAAUUUGGAGAAGUUGAGUCUGGAGAUGAUAAAGAUGGUGUUCAUUCAGAGACUUUGACCUCCACACCUGUGUUUCAAUCUUUGUUGAUGAGCUUCCUUGACACGCGAGCCCCUGUCUUAGAGGAACACCCAACAGAUGAAGCCAAACAAGCUUUUAAGAAUCUCAUCUCCUUAUUCAAUGAGCUGAUAGUCCACGAUGUGUUCUCCCAUGAUGCCUACAUGCACAUGUUGAUAUCCAGAGGGGACCUGGGCCUGGCUCCUGCUUACACAGCUCCUUUGGCUGACCAGGAUGACCUCUUUAGCACUAAGAGCCCCCCAGAGAGCAUCAAGCAUGAGGUCACACUGGGAGAUGAUGAAAUCAAAGUUGACAUGGAUAUCCACACAAUGGAAGAGAAUUUUGGAAGCUUGUUUGGCAGUAUGAAGGAGGAGAGUAAACCCAGUCCAGAGCCCCCAGCCAUAGAUCUGAACCUAGGCUCACUCAAUGCCUCUGUGAAAUCUAUCAAGUCAGAGAAAGAGCAGCCCUUGGGCAGUGUUGGAGACUUUAGCACAACUCCUGCUGCACCAGCACCGCCUAAGGGACCCUCCAGGCACAUGGUGUAUGCCACCCACUUUCCCAUCCCACAGGACGACUGCUCCAGCCAUGAAAUCAACCAAAGAAUGAUUGUCCUCUACGGGGUUGGAAAAGCCAGGGAUGAAGCCAGACACAUGUUCAAGAAGAUAUCCAAAGAAAUAGUCAAACUCUUCAGCAAGAGGAAUUGUAUUGAUGUCACCAGCGGAGACCUGGGCAAGGUCAAGAAGAAGAAGGAAAAAGAGGCCAAGGAAGCAGAGACUAAUGCUACACCUUCCACGCUUAACACCACAGUUACCUCCCCUAACUUUGAUAACUUGCAGCAGAAGUUUUCCAAGUUGUCUUACUUUGACCAACACCAGGUGACGGCACAGUGCACUUCUGCUGUUCUGGAUCAAAUCAAAAGUUUCACUGCUGGCAACUCCAGCUAUCUCCCUUUGGGGGACAACAUUUCUUUUUUGUUUGACCUCAUGCAGUCUGCACUCAACAUUAAUGGCUUGUUAGAGUUUAUUAUAAGGAUAUUGAAGGAUCUUGUGGAAGUAGAAAAAGAACUGCACCAGAAAGAAUCAUUCCUCAUGAUGACUUAUACCACUGAUGUUUGCCUAAAUAUUGUGGCAGUUCUACGCAGAUACCACUCCUAUCUACUCAGCCCUCAAGGUCUCAGCUCUGAGCUUUUCAUAGGCCUGACUGACAUUCUUAAAGUAGUGAACGUGUGCAAUCCAAUCUAUUGUUCCACCGCUGAGAGGUGUGUCUUGACUUACCUCUAUGACAUCUACUCCACCUGUUCCCCUCUUCAGAUGCGACAUUCUGAGAUCUUUAAUCCAGCAUACACAAAAAUGAAGGCCACUCUCUUUGCUCAAAUAACUCCAUCUUCUACUAAUGCCAAGUGGGACCAGAAUGAAAUGACGGACAUCAUUAAAUCUGCUAGGUUGCCAGAUGAACCACACAAGCUACACAAGAGUUUGGCAGACUGUGCCACUACCCGUUACAGCUUUGUCUGCAAUGUCUUGUUACAUGUAGUCUCAACACCUGCUGAAAAUCUAAGGACCAUCAAUGACUUGGCUGUACUAUGUGCUGAACUGACUGCUCACUGUAACUCACUAAGUCCAGAGUGGCUGGGUGUUUUGAAAGCUUUGUGCUGUUCCUCACAACAGGAUCUUGGGUUUAUUGAUGUGCUCACUACUAUUGAUGUGAGUGACCUGUCCAUCCAUGACUCCCUGGCUGUCUUCACUGCCAUGUUAAUAGCUAGGCACUGUUUCUCUCUGCAAGAUUUUGUUUACCAUGUCGCUCUGCCCUCACUUAUGGCUGUAUGCUGUCCUGAGGGAGAUGCUGAAGCUGAGUCUGGGGCUCGCCUAUCCUGUCACCUGCUUCUCCGAUUGUUUAAACCUUCAUACCUUAUAGCACCACAGUGUAGCAUCUCACAGAAAAAUCCACCUCCGAUACGGAACUCCUGUGACAGGCACUUGCUGGAGGCAGCACAUUUAUUCAUUGGGGUGGGGCCAAUGUUAGCAGUGCUGAAAGCUAUGUUGAAAUUAGCGGAUGAAUCUAAUGAUGAGUCCACUAGUAAAGGAAGCUCUGGCAACUCCAAAGACAAGACUGGCAUGUUUCUGGACUAUAUGCUGAGAAAUUUGGAGACUGAUGGCAUAUCUGCUGAGAUGGAGGCAAUGUUGAGUGCAAGCUCUGGGGGUCAAUCUGGAAAAGAUGGUCUGGGCAGCGGCAGCCUCAGUGAGUUUGCCAAAUGUGCCUUGACUGAAAUAUGUCGACAGGAUUGGGUGCGGGAAAAGUUUCUACGUAACCCUGAGAAGCUCUUUACAAGUGACCUGCUGAAUGAUCCCAUUUUGUCCUACAGACAGGCCCAGCAGUUGCUCCAGUUGAUCUGUUAUCCUACAGGUGUACCCAAUCAAGUGGAGGGCUGUGAGCCAGAGAAUAAGCAUGUGGUUCAAAGAGUUCUACAGACUUUAGAUCAGUGGACACUGAGAGUAUCUUGGUUAGAACUGCAGUUGUUGUUUGAGAGAGCUCAGUCCGUAGCAGAAACCAACAGUCUGUUGGAGCUAGUCUCUCGAGGAACGAUCGACCUAUUUGAUCAGUUGACUGAAAACAAAAACACAUCUGAGAGCUCCUCGGUCUCUAUCACCUCAGAGAACAAGUCAAAUAUAGAGAACACAAUCUGGCUUGUGGCUCCCCUGAUUGCCAAGCUGCCCAGCACGAUCCAAGGAAGAGUUCUGAAACUUGCAGCUGCUGUUCUAGAACAAAGCAUCAAUGAGUAUUCCUCUGCUAAAAAUAAACAGGAGAAAGAGAAAGAGAAAAACAUAAGAAGCAAAACUCUCCUUGGGCAUCAGCCAUUUUUGUCCUUGGUGCUAAGCUGCUUAAAGGGACAAGAUGAGCAGAGGGAAUUUUUACUCAGAUCACUCCUGAACCAAAUGGAAAUGUUAAUCAGUAACUUCAAGGACUACACUGAGAACAAGGGCCUAGAGGAAGGUAAAAUCAGACAAAGUAUUCAGGAAUGUAUUCACCUGAGACUCUCCUUGGUUGGUGGCAUCUUUGAUGUCAUUCAGAGAAAUAAUGCCAGCACAAGUGACUGGGCUCUCAUACUUGUCCAGCUUGUUAGUCAUGAUAUGAUUGAUUGUCAGUCUAACAGUGAACUUUUCCUAACUGUUGUGGACAUGUUGACAGUUCUUAUUCAUGGGACCUUGUUGUCUGAAGGCCAAGAAAAAGGAGAUGAGAACCGAAAACCCUAUUUCAAUCUUAUUAAAAAAUUAAGGAAAGAACUUGGAGAUAAAAAUAACCCUACCAUCGAUCAAGUACGACAAUUGUUUCCCCUUCCCAAGAAGCAGUGUGAAGUCAUCACUGUUGAGCCUUAUGGAGCUGUCCUAGACAACAAAGGAAACAGAGUGCAGGGGUUUGAUGCCAUUGGGAAAAAACCAGGACUUCAAGUGGCCCAAAAAGUAGUUUUCAACCCUUGGGAAAUUAUUGAAGGCCACAAGAAUAUGCCACCUAUUCCUUGGUCUUAUUUUGGAGCUGUCAGGCUGGAAAAGAAAACUCUGAAAUAUGAAGAACAAAAGAGACUUGACCUCUAUCACAGCCAUUGUUUACGUAAACCUUUGUCCUACUACCUAGAGCCACCUAAUCUGCCACCAGAAGAUCUAGAGCCAAUACCAGAAAAACAUGAUGAGAAACCCAGAGAGCAUAUUGAACAUUCACUAGAUCUCAAGAAAACAGUUAAUAAUAAGAAAAAGAAAAGACCUGCCAAACCUGCUCCACCAAGUAACUCCUUCCCGAAUAUUAAUAAUCCCAUGAGACCUACUUACUACACUCAACCCGAACCAAUAUACAGUCCAAAUACACCGCAGAUAUGGCCGUACAACAUGCCCCCGCAAACCCCAUAUAUGUACAACAAUCAGCAGCCGCAGCCACCCAGGCCAAGGAUGGGCAAUCACAACAACUCCAAGAUUGUCUUGAGCAAGAUGUUGAUGAAUAGAUCCAUUUCUGCAUCCAAUCCAAACUACAUGCAACCCCCUACACAGUUGCCAGGACCCUCUGGAAUGGCCAUGUCAAAACAAACACCUCACCACAAUGCAGCUCUCAGGCACCAUAUUCUGCAAAGAAAUCGUGGGAUGAUAGAUUCUAGUCAGGGAAGCAUGUUUACUGGAGCCAUGCCUGGACAGAAUCAAGGAGCUAUGGUUCACCCAAUGGGACAGCCUCAAAACAGUUAUUAUAACACAAUGGGGGCUCAACAAGGUCGUAUGAUAGAUCCAAUGUCAGGUGGUAGUGGUAUGAUGACUGGAGGAUUUAAUCAGGGUUACCAAGGAGGACCUCAGGGAGCAUCUAUGAUGGGUGGUGGCAUGCCGACACAAACUGGUUUUAUGCCUAACCAGGGAACUGGCCAGCCAGCUCCACAGUAUGGUUCUAACCCUCAGAGAAUGAAUACAGGCAUGGGUACAAUGGCCCCAGCAUCAUCUACUGCAAUGAACAGUUACAAUCAGGUUCCUAUGCCUCCCAAUGUUGCUGCAGGACAGCAUCAACAACCUUACAUAAGUGGGAAUCCCAUGCAGCUCAGGCAGCCGCAGAUGAUGUCACAAGCUGGCAUGAAUCCAAUGCAAGCUCCUCAGCAAAGAAAUGUCAUGUCCAUGAGAAGACUUUCUUCUGGAAUGCAGGGUCCACCUCCAGGGCCUGCUCCUCAGUAUGGAUCUUACACCCAGUACUAAUGAAGUGACGUAUUCAGAGUGAGGUUCUGUCAAAGCAUACAUGCAUCCACAUAUUUUGUUGGGCUUGAUGCAUUUAUGAAGGUCAACGUUAGUUUUGACUUUUUAAAUGUAAACAUACUUGUAAAUAAAUGUUCAUGUGUUAUUUUUUUUUCAUGUAGAUAUUUUGUACAUUAUGAAUUCUGCAUUUAGUUGUUUUUUUUAUUUUAGUGCAAACUGCCAUUAGAUUGUUUUAAUUUAAGAUUCUGAAACAAUAAUGAAGUGCAGUUCAAACUACUUGUGUAUGGCAUGCUCAGCAAAAGAAAUUUAAUGUUACAUUUUUUAAUGUACAUUUUUAUGAACUAUUUUGUAAAAAAUAAGAAUGAAUUAAUACUUCAGCUAAACAGCAAAAUGUCUAAUCUUUAAAGGCUCAACCCAAAUACUUUGUUUUAAUGUUUGUUUAUUUUUAAUAGCUUUACACAUACAAUACUUUUAUAAAAAAAAACAAUGGUAUUAAAAGAUUUUUAAAACUUGAUUUCACAUACAUGUGGGUUUUAAACUAAUCAUUACUUUUCCUACAUUUAUGCAAACCUAAUUAGUUCACUGAUUUAUGGUGUGCUUAUUACUAAGCAUUCAUAUGAACAUUAUAAAUAUAAUGCAAUAAACUUUUGUAAUUUACAUUUAGAAUUUUGAGUCAAAAUGCAUUGCUAUUCAUUUUUAAAGCCCUUUUCUUUUUAAAAUUCUACCACUCAUGGGGUAUGCACUUUUGGGACAACCAAAGCUUGACCAUAAUGAAUACACACAAGCAUUAAUGGCAUUUUCCCAUAUUUUAUCAGUCUUGAUCUACUUGAAUAUUUGAAACAAUACUUUAAAGAAGUUACAAAGUGUUCAAGAUAAUUUCUUUCAAUAUUAACUUUAGUACAUUAUCAUCUUUCUAUCCACUUGAGUUGGACAUAUUUGCUAUUAGAAUUACCUAGAUCAAUAUUUAUUAUGUCCACUACAGCUGUAGUGAUCUAUUUUCAAGGAUAAUUGUUUUGUAUCAACAAUGUAUUGGUCAGGAAUCUCAGUGGAUUCAUUGCUCUGUAGUGCUCCUGGUGUUGCUGCCUGUGGGACCAUUGUGCUGAGUGUAUUGCUGGUUUUGAAAAUGUAGACAGAUGUGCACAAUUGUAUAAGAAGCAAUUCAGUGUUAUUCUCAUUUUCUAUGGCCGGUGUGUGUCUGUUGCAUCAUGUCAGCUGAUAAAUGUCAAGUUAUAAAUUAUUGCUAAAUGAAUCAUAUUGAUUCAUUUUGUCAUGUUAGAUCCAUAAAAUUAUUUGUAUUGAUAUAUUUGUAUGUUAUUGUCUUGUUAAUAACAUCAUUAUGUACAUUAAUUCAUUCAUUUCUGUAUGUUUGCAUUCAUUUGUCAUAUUUUAUUCUCAAUAAAAUGUGUUUACAA